UUCUGAUCAAAACCAAAAAGGAAAGAUGAGUGGGAUACAAAAAUCCCGGGGUUUCCAUAGUUUAGUUUCAAUUCCAAACCCUAAAAAAAUGACAUUUUCUCCUUUAAAAAAAAUAUUCCAAACCCUAAAAAUGACCUUCUUCCUCCUUCGGUCGUAGAUUUCCCCCCAACCUAAACACCUAAAUCUGCUACCAAGAAAACCAUUACAAAACCCGCUGGAGUUGCAGACAUCAGGUUCCUCUAUCAUCCACUCACUGUCUUUUAAAUUUCUUACUGAACAUUUUGUUAGGUUUUACCAAGAAAACCCCCAAAAUUUUAGUUUUAAUUCACAAAUAUGGAGGAAGAAAUGGAAGAAGAAACAAUAGAUUCACCAGAAUCAGCAUCUCCAAAAUCAGAAGAAGACAAAUUUAGCUUGUUACCUAAUGCAUUGAUUCAUCAUAUCUUAUCAUUUGUUGAUGACAUGAGAAUCACAGUACAAAUGAGUAUUUUGUCAAAUAGAUGGAGACAUAUUUGGAAAUCUCUCCCAGUUCUUACUUUCAGGUACGACCCGAUAGUAAGUAAUGGAUUUUUUAGGGAUUUUGUUGCUGCAGCACUGAUGCUUCGCGAAGAUACUGAUAUACGUGCUCUAACUGUUCUAUGGAUUGAUCCCCUUAAUACCGACAUUGAUAUAGCUGAUGCUCUUAAUACAUGGGUACUUUAUGCUGUUAAACGGAAAGUUAAAAAGUUGGUGUUUGUUAUUGGAGUUAAUAAAUCUCAGUCGUUUGAGUUUCCUGAGUGCCUUUUUAAUUGCGAGUCGUUGACGGAUUUGCAUUUAUACUUGGGUAGCAUGUAUCGCUCUACACUUUGCCUGCCUGAGUCAAUACAUUUACCUAAACUGAAAUCUUUGAAGUUUGAAGCUCUUCAUUUGUAUGAAGAUUUGAUGAAUGACUUCUUCACAAGCUGUCCUGCUCUCGAGUCAGUAACCAUAAGAAAUUGUAUUAUGGGUGACUUGCAAAUUGUUUCUCAUUCACUUAAGCACUUUACAAUGGUUUACUCAUCCUUCAAUGCAACUGUUAGCGAAGUGGCCAACUCUUUCCUGUUAUUUGCUCCAAAUCUGGAAUCCUUUGAUAUCAAAUGUCACCCGUCACAGCUCUUUGGUUUAUUCCUUAAAUCUCUGGUAAAAGCUGAUGUUGAGAUGGUUGUACAAGAAAAAAGGAAUAGUCCAUACACAUAUUCAGAGCUUCCUGGCGAAGCGAAGGAUAUGUUUGCUAAGGCUAUGAUGCUAAUGCUAGAAAAAUUUCGUAGCGUGAAAGAUCUAACAUUAUCUUCACGUUUUAUACAGAUUAUCUCAAGAUCACCUGACUUAUUAAAGACUAAGCCCCCUCAACUGCCUAAUCUACGGCGUAUGCAGCUGCGUACUUAUCUUUCAAAGGACUGUGCUCAGGCAAUAUUAUAUUUGCUGAGGAUUUCUCCUAAAAUAGAAUCUUUAUCAGUACGUAUAGAUAAGGACUGCCUUGCCGAUCAACCAACAGUUCCAUACUGUGAUGAGACCCGCCAUGUAAUGUCAUUAAGGAGUGGCUCCCAAAUGUUUUCUUUCUGCCGGAUAGUUGAUGAUUAAGUUUCUGUUGCUGCACUUAAAUCUUGAAUGACUUACGAAAUGUUGCCAUAUUGGCAGCGAAAACAAGAAGAUGUGUAGUUUCUACAUCCCCCUACACAAUCGACAUAAUGGAUCCACUAUGUUCACCUCUCUAUCCGGAGUAUUUCUAUUGGCGGGGUAGAGUUCAUAAACGCUGCUCAUUGCAUGAAAUUUACCUUCGGUUGUACAGGAACCUGACCCAUGAGUAACAGCGUAAGGGCUUUAAAGGAGAUGGCUUUCAUAGCACAUUGAUGAACUAAAUGAGGAGUUUGACUUAAGGAAGUUAAGCUCAUCCACUUCUACCGUUAGGUUUCGCGGAGGAUCAAUCUGAGAAAGCAUGUAAUCUACCUGUUGUUCUGCAUCUUUAGUUAGAGAUCUUCUCCAUGUUAGCUGCCAGUUCAAAGUUGGGGCCACUGCAUCUGCUAGUACCAUAUGUCUUACUGCGAACUUGAAAUGUCCCUUUAAGAUUGCCUACACCUCUCCAUGAGUCAGUCUAGAAUUGAGUUUCUUUGCUGCUAUGGGAUGUUAAUACUGAAUUUUGAAUUGAUGCCUUUCAAUAACCCCUUCUGUGAAUCUGGUUUGUGUCAGCAGGGGAGAUGUUGGGUUCUCUUGUGUUAAUUUUCUGUGAACUACUUUUCUUGAAACUGCAGUUUUCUCUUUACAAUACCUCCAAAUCAACUCUGAGAGUGGAGCCUUGUUUGUUAGUUUCAAGUCCCUAAUCCUCAAUUCACCUUUUGAUUUUAGCCUGCAGAUUGUAGCUCAACACAACCAACACAUUUUCAUUCUAUUAUUGUGUUUUGUGCUCCAUAAAAAAGUUUACAUAAUUUUCAUCAUACUUUUGUCUACAACAACAGGAGUAGGGAUUAAUGACAUGUAGUGAACUGGUAAACAUGCUAGGGACUAGGGCGCUUCUUACUAGUGUUACUCUACCAGCCUCAGACAGAAACUUGCGCUUCCAUGGAGCAAGUUUUGUAUCCAUAUUAUGUUUUUUGUUUGUUUUUUUCUUCGGUUUGCAAUGUUGUACUCUGUU